AUGCAAGAAUUCAAAAUUGCCGACCAGACAUAUACAUCAAGACUCCUUAUCGGAACGGCAGGGUACCCGAAUUUCCACAUAAUGACGGAGUCCAUCGCCGCGAGUGGUGCUGAAAUUGCGACGGUGUCAAUGCGGCGCGUGAAAUUUACAAAUACACCCGGUGAGAAUUUGUUCGCGCUUCUACGCGAACGGGGUAUGACGAUCCUCCCAAACACUGCGGGUUGCUUCACUGCAAAGGAUGCUAUUUUAACAGCGAACCUCGCCAGAGAGGCACUUGAGACAUCGCUCAUCAAACUUGAAGUUAUCGGAGACGAGGAGACCCAGUUUCCAGACGUAGAGCAGUUACUCAGGGCAGCGGAGACACUCGUGAAGGACGGCUUCACUGUGCUUCCGUACUGUAACGACGAUCCGAUUACCUGUAAAAAAUUAGAAGAUAUUGGCUGUGCAGUAGUGAUGCCAUUAGGUGCUCCGAUCGGCUCAGGGAUGGGGAUCCGAAAUCCGUAUAAUAUUCAGAUUAUCCGAGAUCUUGUGCAAGUGCCGCUUAUUGUGGAUGCCGGCGUUGGGACAGCAUCGGAUGCAGCCAUUGCGAUGGAGUUAGGGUGUGAUGGUGUUCUGCUCAAUACAGCGGUAGCGAAAGCACACCGGCCCGUGCUGAUGGCGGAGGCGAUGAAAAAAGCAGUCGAAGCCGGUAGAGCGGCGUUUUUAGCUGGACGCAUCCCAAGGAAACUUUACGCGACCGCCUCAAGCCCACAGGACGGAAUAAUUGAAUAA